AUGUCAAGACAAAGAAAGAUUUCAGCAUUUUUUGGCCAAGGGCAACCAGAAAACAAUGCUGAAAACACAGAAACCGAUGAAGCUGAGCCUGGAAAAGAUCAGGGGAGUGAACCGAAAGCUAAAGUUGCAAAGCGAAACUUUCAAGAUUCCUGCCUUGAAAAAUACAAAUGGUUGAAGUACGAUCCAGCGAAGGGUACCCCUAUGGAUUUUCCUAAGAUCACAGUCUUAUGUUCUGUUCGUGUUGCCAACAAUCAGGUAAAUCCAAUCCUUUCACCAGUGGUUGCAUAAACUAUGGGACUUCAACACUAGUUCGCCAUAUAGAAAGUCAAGACCACCGAAAUGCUCUUCAAGAGAUCGAAAUGGCCGAAUCUUUUCAAGAAGCUGUCAUGAAUUCUGUUUCAUCCCAGGAGCAAGCUGUGGUUAGUGGAAUGAGAACUGUUUACUGGCUUGCCGAGGAACAUAUUGCUACUGAGAAAUAUAAAUCUUUGAUGAAUAUUUUAAAAAUGCAAGGAUGUAAAGACAUUGAAAAUCUUAAUGUAGCGAAAAAUGCCUCAUACAAUUCAGUUCAAACUGCUAAGGACUUCCAGUCAGUCAUUGCUGAAUGCGUUCAAGAUGAAAUAACU